AUGCGAUUUUUGUCACGCUCACAGCAGGCCGAUGCCAUUUCUCGGAGUGAGCCCUAUCAAGGCAGUCCUGAUACCAAGAACGAAGCAAAACAUGGUGUAGAACACCAUGAGAACAUCAAUGCCAUAGAAGAACCCACCGAGUGGAAGAAGAUCAACCUGAAUGAGGAUGGGGAUGUCGCCCAAAGACUCUUCGCCUCACAGGCUCACGAGCCCAUUGAUCCAGCCGAAGAAGCAAGAGUAGUGAGAAAGAUUGACUUCAUGAUCUUGCCAUACCUAGCCGUCUGCUACGCCUUCUUCUACAUCGACAAGACAACCCUCAGUUAUGCAGCCAUCUUCGGCAUCCGCGAAGACCUGAAGAUCCAUGGCCAACAGUACAGCUGGUUGUCUUCCAUCUUCUACUUCGGCUUCUUAUUCUGGGCUUUGCCGACCAAUUUCCUGAUGCAAAGGUUCCCGAUUGGGAAAUACUUGGGAGCGAAUAUCUUCAUGUGGGGAGCUUUGCUUAUGUGUCAGGCUGCAGCGAGGAACUUUACCACUCUGGCUGUUCUGAGAGCCCUUUCGGGAGCUGCAGAGGCAUGCUCGGAUCCAGCGUUCAUGAUCAUCACCUCUAUGUGGUAUUCGAGACGUCAGCAACCCAUCAGGAUGGGUCUGUGGUAUACUGCCAAUGGAUUCGGUAUUGCUCUUGGUGGUCUCCUGGGCUAUGGCAUUGGUCACAUCAAAGCAGGCUUGCCCUCUUGGAAAUUUGAGUUCCUUAUCAUCGGAGCUCUCUGUUGUGUGUGGGGUGUAGUGAUGAUGAUCUUUCUUCCAGACAGUCCAGUCACCGCCAAAGGCCUCAACGAACGAGAAAAGAGGAUAGCAGUGGAGAGGUUGAGAGACAACCAGACUGGUAUCGAGAACAAGCAUCUGAAGUGGUACCAGGUCCGCGAAGCAUUUACCGAUUACAAGACACCCCUAUUCUUCUUAUUAGGAGUGGUUGGCAACAUCCCGAACGGUGGUAUCUCCAACUUUGGUACCAUCAUCAUCAAAGGUUUUGGAUUUAGCACCCUCGUCACAACGCUGAUGCAGGUUCCUUAUGGCAUUUUCAUAGCCAUCAGUAUCCUCACAUGUGUAUUCUUGAACGACAAGUUUGCAGCCAAAGGCAGUCAGACCAGGUGCUACUUCAUCCUUCUGUUCUUGCUACCGAACAUUAGUGGAUCUUUCGGACUUGCGUUUCUGGCUGCCGACAAUAAAGCUGGAAGACUGAUUUGCUAUUACCUGACUGGCCCCUAUAAUGCAGCUUUUGUUAUGAUUCUGUCUUUGACCACCGCCAACGUCGCUGGGCAUUCCAAGAAAGUUGUGACGAAUGCCAUACUCUUCCUUGGGUAUUGUACAGGCAACAUCGCAGGGCCGUUCUUUUACAAACAGUCGCAGAGUCCUCGCUACGAGCUCGGCAUUUGGAGCAUGAUCGUAAGCCACUUGAUCGAAGUCUGCGUCAUCCUCUUGCUGCGCAUGCUCUUGAGCAGAGAGAAUCGCCGUCGAGAUCGAAUUCAGAGUGCCUUGCCUGGUGGUUUGGAGGGUAGAGACUUGAAUGCGACCGCCUUUGCAGAUUUGACUGAUCGUGAAAAUGAGAAUUUCAGGUACAUCUACUGA